GCGCUGGGGGCGGGGCUGGGCGGAGCCCGCGCAGGGUGCUGGCCGCAGCGCCCCCAAGUCCCGGCGCCGGGCCCACUCACGGCCGCGUGGGAGCAGUGGGGUUCGACGGCGCGGCCGCUAGGCCGCCAUGGCCGCUCACGGGAAGCUGCGGCGGGAGCGGGGGCUGCAGGCUGAGUAUGAGACGCAAGUCAAAGAGAUGCGCUGGCAGCUGAGCGAGCAGCUGCGCUGCCUGGAGCUGCAGGGUGAGCUGCGGCGGGAGCUGCUGCAGGAACUGGCAGAGUUCAUGCGGCGCCGCGCUGAGGUGGAGCUGGAGUACUCCCGGGGCCUGGAAAAGCUGGCCGAGCGCUUCUCCAGCCGUGGAGGCCGCCUGGGUAGCAGCCGGGAGCACCAAAGCUUCCGGAAGGAGCCGUCACUCCUGUCGCCCUUGCACUGCUGGGCAGUGCUGCUGCAGCAUACGCGGCAGCAGAGCCGGGAGAGCGCGGCCCUGAGCGAGGUGCUGGCCGGGCCCCUGGCCCAGCGCCUGAGUCACAUUGCGGAGGACGUGGGGCGCCUGGUCAAGAAGAGCAGGGAUCUGGAGCAGCAGCUGCAGGACGAGCUCCUGGAGGUGGUCUCAGAGCUCCAGACGGCCAAGAAGACGUACCAGGCAUAUCACAUGGAGAGCGUGAAUGCUGAGGCCAAGCUCCGGGAGGCCGAGCGGCAGGAGGAGAAGCGGGCAGGCCGGAGUGUCCCCACCACCACUGCUGCUGCCACUGAGGCAGGGCCCCUCCGCAAGAGCUCCCUCAAGAAGGGAGGGCGGCUGGUGGAGAAGCGGCAGGCCAAGUUCAUGGAGCACAAACUCAAGUGCACAAAGGCGCGCAACGAGUACCUGCUGAGCCUGGCCAGCGUCAACGCCGCUGUCAGUAACUACUACCUGCAUGACGUCUUGGACCUCAUGGAUUGCUGCGACACAGGGUUCCACCUGGCCCUGGGGCAGGUGCUCCGAAGCUACAUGGCCGCUGAGAGCCGCACCCAGGCCUCCCAAGUGCAGGGCCUGGGCAGCCUGGAAGAAGCCGUGGAGGCCCUGGAUCCUUCAGGGGACAAGGCCAAGGUUCUCGAGGUGCAUGCUACCAUCUUCUGUCCCCCGCUGCGCUUUGACUACCACCCCCAUGAUGGGGAUGAGGUGGCUGAGAUCUGCGUUGAAAUGGAGCUGCAGGACGAGAUUCUGCCCAGAGCCCAGAACAUCCAGAGCCGCCUGGACCGACAGACCAUCGAGACGGAGGAGGUGAACAAGACGCUGAAGGCAACACUGCAGGCCCUGCUGGAGGUGGUGGCCUCGGAUGACGGGGAUGUGCUCGACUCCUUCCAGACCAGCCCCUCCACCGAGUCCCUCAAGUCCACCAGCUCAGACCCAGGCAGCCGGCAGGCAGGCCGGAGGCGUGGCCAGCAGCAGGAGACCGAAACCUUCUACCUCACGAAGCUCCAGGAGUAUCUGAGUGGACGGAGCAUCCUCGCCAAGCUGCAGGCCAAGCACGAGAAGCUGCAGGAGGCCCUUCAGCGAGGUGACAAGGAGGAGCGGGAGAUGUCUUGGACCCAGUACACACAGAGAAAAUUCCAGAAGAGCCGCCACCCCCGCCCCAGCUCCCAGUAUAACCAGAGACUCUUUGGGGGAGACAUGGAGAAGUUUAUCCAGUGCUCAGGCCAGCCUGUGCCCCUGGUAGUGGAGAGCUGCAUUCGCUUCAUUAACCUCAACGGCCUGCAGCAUGAAGGCAUCUUCCGGGUGUCGGGUGCCCAGCUCCGGGUCUCAGAGAUCCGUGAUGCCUUCGAGAGAGGGGAGGACCCACUGGUGGAGGGCUGCACUGCCCACGAUCUGGACUCGGUGGCCGGGGUGCUGAAGCUCUACUUCCGGAGCCUGGAGCCCCCACUCUUCCCCCCAGACCUGUUCAGCGAGCUGCUGGCUUCUUCGGAGCUGGAGGCCACGGCAGAGAGGGUGGAGCACGUGAGCCGCCUGCUACGGCGGCUGCCCGCGCCAGUGCUGGUGGUUCUGCGCUACCUCUUCAACUUCCUCAACCACCUGGCCCAGUACAGCGAUGAGAACAUGAUGGACCCCUACAACCUGGCCGUGUGCUUUGGGCCCACGCUGCUACCGGUGCCCGCUGGGCAGGACCCGGUGGCGCUGCAGGGCCGGGUGAACCAGCUGGUGCAGACGCUCAUACUGCAGCCAGAUCGGGUCUUCCCGCCCCUGACCUCACUGCCUGGCCCCGUCUACGAGAAGUGCAUGGCACCGCCUUCCGCCAGCUGCCUGGGGGAUGCCCAGCUGGAGAGCCUGGGGGCGGACAACGAGCCGGAGCUGGAAGCUGAGAUGCUUGCCCAGGAGGAUGACCUGGAGGGGGUUGUGGAGGCUGUGGCCUGCUUUGCCUACACGGGCCGAACGGCCCAGGAGCUGAGCUUCCGGCGGGGGGACGUACUGCGGCUGCACGAGAGGGCCUCGAGCGACUGGUGGCGGGGGGAGCACAAUGGUGUGCGGGGCCUCAUCCCCCACAAGUAUAUCACACUGCCUGAGGGGGCAGAGAAGCAGGUGGUGGGCGCAGGGCCGCAGACUGCAGGGGAGUCUGGGAGCAGUCCUGAGGGCCUCCUGGCAUCAGAGCUGGUUCACCGGCCAGAGCCAUGCAUCUCACCCGAGGCCGUGGGACUCUCUGGACAUAGACGACGCUGCUUGGUCUCAGCCUCCCCGGAGCAACACGUGGAGGUGGAUAAGGCCGUGGCACAGAACAUGGACUCUGUGUUUAAGGAGCUCUUGGGAAAGACCUCUGUCCGCCAGGGCCUCGGGCCAGCAUCUGCCACCUCUCCCAGCCCUGGGCCCCGAAGCCCAAAGGCACCGGCCGGCAGCCGCCUGGGCAAGAACAAAGGCUUCUCCCGGGGCCCUGGGGCCCCAGCCUCACCCUCAGCAUCCCACCCCCAGGGCCUGGACACAACCCCCAAGCCACACUGAGGUGCUGCUGCUGGAGCUGUGUGCCCCAGGCGGCUACCCCCUGGACCGGCCACUCUCCCCAGCCCUCUUGCUUCUCUCCAACCCUGUCCAGCAAGUUCAGGGUGCCUGCACUUCACCCUGUGCAGAGGUGGGAUGGGGCCGCACAUGCAGGGAUGCCCACUCCACACCCUGCCUGCCUCUCAGCCCUGGCCCAGACCCCUUUUGGAGGCUGGGGAAAGCCCUAUUCUGCGACUUUGUGGAGGGCUGGUCAGUGGCUGCUGGGUGGCAGGUACCCUUGCUCAGGUGCCUGGCAGGGCUGGGUGGUGAUUCAUAAAGACCUCGUGUUGAUUCCC